CCGUGGACAUUGCAUUGUCGAUGUAAGAAUAUUAUCGUUUAGGAUGUUCUAAUAAUAUAAUAUUUCGUUUUAACGAUCGUCGAUCAUCAUGGUAAAUUGUUGAUUUCCGUUCGUUCAUUCGUCUUGAGUUCGUUAUCAUUUGAUGUCAGUUCAACCUUGGCUUAUCACUAUUCGCCCUUUACGUCCCAUCCGGAAGACCUUGUGCACAGCAGCAGCUAUCAUCUACACAGUAGUCGUGGAUAACCUAACACAGAAAAAGAAUAUUAAAUUAGUCAUGACCGAAGAGGCAAGUUAAGAACAGUUUUUCGUUCCAUUACGCGAGACUUCGAGAACGUGCAGUCGGGCACACAAGGCUGAUAGGGUAUAUAGAACAGCAGCAUAAUGGCAGACGAUAAAAGUAAAAAACUUUCUCGAUGGUACUUUGGUGGUCUUGGUUCAGCUGGUGCUGCCUGUUGUACGCAUCCGUUAGAUUUACUCAAGGUACAUUUACAAACACAACAAGAAGGAAAAGUAUCAGUCAGCCGCUUAGCCAUGAAAAUUGUUCGAGAACAGGGUGUGUUCUCUUUGUACACAGGUAUUUCAGCAUCUUUGUGUCGUCAAUUGUCAUAUUCAACUGUGCGAUUUGGAAUAUAUGAAGUUGGAAAACAAUCUUUAUCUACUCCAGGGGAAAAUAUUCCAUUCUACAAGACUGUACUGUUGGCUUCAGCCGCAGGAGCUGCUGGUGGUUUUGUUGGUACCCCAGCUGAUAUGAUUAAUGUUCGAAUGCAGAAUGAUGUUAAAUUGCCAUUGGAAAGCCGUAGAAACUACAAACAUGCAUUUGAUGGGUUUGUGCGUGUUUGGCGAGAAGAAGGAUUUACCAGAUUGUUUUCAGGUGCAUCAACAGCUACAAUGCGUGCCGUUUUAAUGACAGUUGGACAGCUAUCAUUCUAUGAUCAAGUCAAACAAUUAUUACUAUCAACUGGAUAUUUUGGUGAUGAUUCUACUACACAUUUUUUGUCUAGUCUUACCGCUGGUGCUGUGGCAACAACCCUUACUCAACCACUGGAUGUAUUAAAAACUCGAGCUAUGAAUGCUAAACCCGGAGAAUUUUCAGGUACUCUUGAUCUUGUUAAAUAUACUGCAAAGCUUGGUCCAAUGGGCUUUUUUAAGGGUUAUAUACCGGCAUUUGUGAGAUUGGCUCCUCAGACAAUACUUACAUUUGUCUUCUUAGAACAAUUAAGAUUAAACUUUGGCUACCAUAAGACUCCUGCAAUAAAGGUUUAGUCAUGUUAUGGAAGUGGUUGGUAGAGAAUAAUUAUGAAAUUGGUCUAAUUUUCUUGUCUGUUCUGUAUUUUAAUUAAUCUUUUCAUGGCAUUUUAGCUUCAUAUUCUUAAUAUCCGUAUUGUUUUAACAAACAACUACUAAUAGGUUUUAAUGAAACAUAGUAUUUUAUGGUAGAUGGCUUAUUAUUUAUUUACAAAUAGAGAUUAGUUUUAUUAUUCAAUAUUUUUGUAAAUAAAAUCUGGCUCAGGUAACCUAUAGUAUUUGUAUCCAAAGCAAUAUAAAAUUUAAAAUACAAUCAAAAUCUUUAUUUUUUUUAUUUUUAUAUUGUUAUUGGAGUUAUUUA